AUGCCUCUCGGAAUCCUCGAGCCCAAGUCUGGGGAAAAGGUCCCAGGCACAACCAGAUACUUCGACGAUGCAGCCCAUCCCCUGCAAGCAACCGGCGACGACGUCUCGUGGAAAUGCGACGACAGCGGCAAAGUCCCCAUCAUCCUCAUUCCCCAGCCCUCGGAUGACCCCAACGACCCGCUCAACUGGCCGCUAUGGAAGCGCGACCUCAUCACCUUCAUCCUCUGCUUUGCCGGCAUCCUCGCCACCUCGCUCGGCUCCAUCCUCGCCUCAAACACCCUCGUCAUGAACAAGCAUUUCCAGGUCUCGCUCUCCAAGACGGCCGUCCUGACCGGCUACUUCCUUCUCGGCGCCGGCGCCGCGGCUGUCUUCUUCGUCCCCUCGGGUCGCGUCUGGGGGAAGCGCCAUCUAUUCCUCAUCGGCAUCUGCAUCGUCAUCGGCUCGAGCGCUUGGGCCGGCGCCGUCGGUCAAAACUACAGCAGCAUGGCCGCCGCCAGGGCCAUCCAAGGCGUGGGGACGGCGCCCUUUGAGAGCUUGCUGAACGCGGCCGUUGGCGACCUGUACUUUGUCCACCAGCGAGGCGUGCGCAUGGCCUGUACCAACCUCGCCGUCUUUGGCGGUGCCUUCUUCACCCCCAUUGUCGUGGGCAAAAUCACCGAAUCGCUGGGCUGGGAGUGGACCUUUUACUUGGUCUCCAUCUUCAUGGCCGUCACCCUGCCAGCCGUCUUCCUCUUCUGCCCCGAAACGGCCUAUCGCCGCGAGUCCAGACUCAACAUUGACAGCACCGUCGACGAGAUUAGCCUGAAUUCCAAGUCUGCCUCGACGAGUUCCCCUACCAUGGUCGACGGCGCGCCCACCCGGCCGCCCGGCUUCGUCCUGGUCCCUACCUCGUCGGCCAUGCAGUCCAUCGGCAACGCCAGCACUCCCAAAAAGACCUUUGUCCAGUCCCUUUCGCUAUUUGAUGGCAGAAAAACGGACGAGCGUUACUGGGUCCUCUUGCUCCGUCCCUUUCCUCUGCUCAUGAACCCGGCCUUCAUCUGGGGCUGCUUGAUCCAGGGGACCCUAAUUGGAUGGACCAUCUUCAUCGGAGUGCUCGUCGCCGUCAUGUUCAUUGGGCCGCCCUAUUUUUGGGGCGAGGUCAUGGCCGGAUACACGUACACGAGCGCCUUUGUCGGGGCCCUCGGCGGCUUUGCCAUCUCCGGCCUUCUCGCCGACAGCAGCGUCAAGUACCUCACCAGGCUCAACAAGGGCAUCUACGAACCAGAGUUUCGCAUCUUGCUCGUGAUCCCCAUGCUCAUCACCGGCGGCAUUGGGCUCUAUGGCUUUGGUCUGACGGCCGAAGACGUCGUCUCGGGCAAGUAUUCGUACAUUGUCCCUCUGAUCUUCUUCGCCUUCGAAGUGGCUGGCAUGGUCAUUGGCGCCGUUGCCAGCUCUCUCUACAUUGUCGAUGCUUAUCGCAGCUUGACCGUCGAGGGCUUCACCCUGAUGAUCAUCUUUAAGAACAUCUUUAGCUUCAUCCUCACCUGGUAUGCGUACGACUGGCUCGUCCAGAGUGGCUUUCGCGUAGUCUUCGUCAUCAUCGCGUCCGUCCAGGUGGGCGUUUGCUUGCUGAGUGUCCCACUGUAUAUAUGGGGAAAGCGCAUCAGGGCUUAUUUCCACCGUCACGACCUCUUGACCAUGACCGGUCUUCGGUGA